CUGUGGACGCUGGUGCUUCACCACAGGAAACAUAGAGAAGAAAACAAAAACGGCAGAGAAGAAGCAAAACCAGCAACAAAGCUCAGAAUGGCUCCUGAAGAUGAUCAACAGCAGAAGGUCUGGGUUAAUUUAGCAACAGAGUAUCCUGAAGUAGUUUUAUGUGUUGGAAAAAUAUGUUUUGGUGAAAAAGCAAGAAAAAAGAUGCCAAAAAAUUCAAAACAAGAUCAAAAAUACACCCUUGCCUAUGCAGUGUGUGCUUUGCUGAACUCUGGAGGAGGUGUCAUAAAAGUAGAGAUUGAAAAUGAAAACUACAAUUUAGAGAGAGAUAAGAUUGGACUAGAUCUAGAAGAGACUUUUCGGUCUCUUGUUUUGUUUCCAGACUGGAGAAAAUACCUGGACUUCGAACAGCGAGAUAAUUACCUUUUGAUUUUUAUUAAAACCUGGAGCAGUGAAAACACAUCCUUAACCUCUGCAAGUGCAAAGCCACGUAUCUGUAGCCUGAGUACUGGAUUGUACGCAAAAUGUGGUGCUUCUCUUUCCCACAUGAACCCUAUGGAAGCUUUUUUGUUCCUUAAAGGAAAGCAAAAUGAAGCCGGGAGAGAGCUUAGCCCAGGACCACCUGAUAAAAGCAGAAAGAGGAGGGCUAGUGACAGAGGCAUGGAUAUUGUAAAUAACACUGUUGCUGAGUUGUUUAAUAGGGACCGACUGCAACAUGGAGAGACAUUGGCUUUCACAGAGUCAGGACAUGUGGAAUUUAAGCACUAUUCAACUGAAAACUUUUUUACUCGUGUCAGAGAGGUGUUACCUCAAUAUAUUGCUGGAUUUGCAAACACAGGUGGUGGGUAUUUAUGGCUUGGUGUGGACGAUGACAGCAGAGUGCAGGGAUUCAGCAGUAAUGAUAAGGAACUUGACAAAUUAGAUCUCCUAAUCAAUUCCAUUCAAAACAAAUUAACCCCCUUCCAUUUCUGCCGGAGUGGAAAUUCACACAAGAUAAGAUAUGAACACAAAAUCUUCAAAGUGUACCGCGAGACUGGAGAUCACUGUGGCUAUGUCUGUGCUGUGAAGAUUCAGCCAUUUACUUGCGUCGUGUUUUCCGAAGACCCAGACUCUUGGCUAGUGGAAGGCAGCACCAUCAGGAGGCUGAGAGCAGACAAGUGGGCUGUGUGGAUGACUGCUGCUGAUCCAGAUCUUUCAAAGUUUUCUGAGGCCUUCAGGCUAGAGCUGAGUCUGGCAGAGGGGUCACCUCUUGUCAAGCCAGUUUAUUCACACCAGGGCCUUGACAGUGUUGAUGAUCUUUGUAAGCAACUGUUUCCAGUGAAAUCCCACAGCAUAAUAUAUACUCCAGAAAAACUCAGUGAAGAUCUCCUCCAAGAGCAUCCAGGGUUGGAUAUUUUAAUGGAAGAUCAAUUGAAGCAGCUUUCUGAGGGAGUUCUGAUAUUUUCCAGAAGCUGGGCUGUUGAGGUCGGCUUGCCAGAAAACCGAGACAUAAUUUGUGAUGUUCUCCUAAUAGCCAAGGAUAGGCCACCCACACUCUAUACAAUCUGUAAGCAUCAUAUCUCAAAGGAUUUGUUUGAAUAUGCAAGAUGCAUAGCCUGGAAACUGAAGGAGAAAUUAGUCAACACUGGGGGCUAUAUUCACAAAUUGUGCGUAAUACCAAAGCUACUGACUUUGGCUCCCAAAAUUAACUGUGGAAAAGAAUGGGAUCUGAAUAUUCAAGAAAUGUAUCCCCAAAACUACAGCCUAAUAGACAGUGUCAACUUGAAGGCCCUCUUGCAUGCUCUCACAGUAGCUCUGCUGACUUUCAAGUCCUUUUUAAGUGACCAUGUUGGUUUUGAGUUUUUGAACCUCUUGACCAUCAAACAAUACCAGCUGCUGUCAGAAAAUCUUCACAAAACUAAGAGGCUGUAUGUUUACGGUCUACCAGGAACAGGAAAAACUAUAGUGGCCCUGAAGAUCAUAGAGAAAAUAAAAAGUAUGCUGAAGUGUGCACAAGAAGAAGUUCUUUAUGUAUGUGAGAACCAGCCUCUGAGAGAUUUUGUGCGGCAGAAAAACAUUUGCCAAGCUGUGACAAGAGUAGCCUUUUUGAAGUCAAGUUUUAAUGGUGUGAAACACAUCAUAAUUGAUGAAGCACAGAAUUUCCGAGAUGAGGAAGGUGAUUGGUAUAAGAAAGCCUUAACUCUCACUUCAUUAGAACACCUCCCUGAGCCCGGCUUUUUCUGGAUUUUCUUGGACUACUUACAGAAAAGUCACACCUUCCCAACUGGUCUUCCAGAAGCAACGUGGCAUGAUCCUGUCGAGUCACUAACCAAAGUGGUUCGUAAUGCUAACAGUAUCUAUAGCUAUCUAAAAGAAAAUAUGGAAAUGAUUGUAAAUUACUCUACCCUAGAUAUUCCUAACCAACGUUUGAAAAGCUUAUUAAGCAGACCCACGUGUGCUCAUGCUGUACAAGGCUGUAUUGAAAGAGUAAGCAAACUAGGCAGAAACGGAAUAGCAAAGUAUGUGGUAACACGUUGUCGUGCAUAUCUUGAAAAGGGUUACUCUGAGAAAGAUAUUGCUAUUCUGUGCUACAGAGAUGAAGAAGUAAGAACAUACUGUGAAAUACUAGCGUCAGAAAUUGAGAAGUCAAAGUCAAAUAUAUCGUUAAGAAAAAUGGAGGGAGGGCUAGAGGAGCAUGCUAUUCUUGACAGUGUCCGUCGUUUCUCUGGCUUAGAAAGAAGCAUUGUCUUUGGUAUUAUUCCUCAAUACUUUCCGUUUCAGAGGGAAAUUUUAAGAAAUAUAUUGGUCUGUGUGGCAUCCAGAGCUAAUUUAAAUCUACACUUGUUAUUUGAGAACUGAAAACAGCUAACCACACAGGAUCCCAACAAGACUCUACUAGUUCUGGUUAUGUACGUUUGAAAUUUCUCACUCCAUAUCUAAGUAGAAGGAUUUCCCUUGUAAUGGCUGGUCAUCUCUAAAAGCCCAGCUAUUCUUGGGAAUGUCUGUUUUAAAUCAAAUGUAAGGUUUCAAUAAUGCAGAGAAAGAGAUGUUUUGAAUGUCAGAAUUACAUCAUUCCCUGAAGGCUCCUUUCAAGGACUUGCAAAACCUGACACUCAGCCUUUGACUGCAUGCAGGUGCAUUGCCAAGUGAAAGUCACUAUGCCAAGACAGGAAACUGGAAGACUUCCUGGCUUUCACCAGCUCACUCCCGUACUCAUAGUACUGCUCAGAAGAGUUACCAAACAGCAGAGGCACCCAGUGUUAAAAAAAGUCUUCUAAGAGACAGCCUCUAUUCAGAUAUCUAGGAAAGUAAAAAUGAGCGCUUCUGUCCAUGCUUUAGCUAGGAAAUACAAAUAAAGGAUUUUUCCAGUAGUUUCCCCACUGAAUUUCAGCAACAGUCAGUAUGGGUUAGAAAAACUCAGUUGCUCCGAAGAGCAGUUUUAGGGCAAGAAGGAAAACUCUGCAUUACAACCCUUAGAUACUAAUGUCAUUUUUUUGUCUUUGUUUCAGACAUGCUGGUUAGAUAAAACUCUAUACAGAGAGUUAGAUGCAAAACACUUUUGAAAAACAGAUCCAAAAUUCCCGAAACUGGGUAUCCAAAGUUGAAGGCUAGUUGGAAACAAACCAUAGUGUUUUCCAUCACAGAACAACCUGUGGCUCAUUUGGUUUAGAAGAACAGUCUGAUAUCCUCCUAAUGUCAUUAUAAAGCACCAGUGAUUUAAUUGAAUGUGGGUACAAUAAGGAGAAUAUAGUGUACACAGCUGGAAUCACCCUCCAAAUAAAUUUGCCUUUAGGUUGUCAAACUUACUAGCUUAAAAAUUCUUGCUUUUCUAGCUUCAGGAAGUUAGAGGCACUUCCCUUUUUUUUUUUUUCCUUAAUCAACAUACAAAGAAAGACUAUCCCCCUGCUUCCUUUCAUAACCUCCAAACCUCAGCAGUUAAUCAUGCCAUGCCUAUCCUAUUAGUGUAAACAUUUAUAUAAUAAAGGUUAAUGUGAUGACCAA